AUGUCACUAUUGAUAAAAAAUAAUAAUAAAAAAUCGUCAUCAUCGACAAUUGCUAAAACAAAAACAACAAUUGCUGCUGCUCCCAUUCGUACAAGAGCCACAACAUUACACAAAUAUCCAACAAUAAAGGCAGCUAAAGCAACAACAUCUAAACGAAACUCAACAUCAGCACUAGUGUUAUCAGCAUCUGUGGAGGCCACAUCAAAUGUUGAAGCUGUCUCGUCUGCUUCAUCUUCAGCGAUUUCUUUGUUUUCUUUGAUGGAACAGCCAGUUGAACUAACACAUCAACAACAGCUAACAUCAGGAGCUGGCAGAAAAGUAUUCAGGACAAUGCCAUCAUUUAAAAUCAUGAGUUAUCAGAAUUUUAUUGCCUUGUUAACUGUGCUGGUAUGCGGCCUUGUUACUGUAAAUGGACUCAAGUGUUACAUGUGCGGCCAAUAUAAUGAGGGCGUUGGUUCCAUCACUCCCUGCCUCAAUUAUUCCGAACAGUAUGCCCAUCUCUAUUUGAAGGAAUGCUCAAAGAAGAGCGAAAAAUACUGUGUGAAAUAUGUUAGCGAACUGUCUAUUGUAAGGGAUUGUGCUACUGAAUGUGCUGAAAAAGAAAUCUGGGAAACCCAAACCUAUUGCUGCACCGAAGAUGGCUGCAACGGUUCAAACACCAUAGAGGCCUCAGCAGUCGUUAUAAUGUUGCCCUUGGUAAUCUAUAUAGUAAAUGAAAUUAUGAAUAUAAUCAAGCAACAGCGUCGUUAA